AUGAAUUACUAUUCUUCAUUAUUAAUUCUACUGUUGUCAUCAUUAUGUGUAUUGGAUGCAAAACGAGGUAAAUCAUCAAAAUCAGAUGAAACACAUAAAGAACAACAACAAUCUCAUUCUAAUAAUAAUAAUAAUGCUAAACAUAAGAAGGAAGCACGUCGGAUAACGCCAUCACGUCAAGAAUUUACGCAAGAUGAAGCUAAUACGAUAGAAGACGUUGAUGAGGAUAAAAUUGAUGAAAUUAUUCGUGAUGCAACCAAAAAUCUUGUCAUAUUUUUUUAUGAUGGAUAUGCGAAAUGUCCAAGUUGUGGUGAAGCACUUGCUGUGGUGGAGGAGAUCGAUGAUGAUAUUGAAGCAACUGGAUAUAUUGAAGUCGUUAAAACGGAUGAUCGAAGUGUUGCACGUGAACUUGGUGUUGCCACAUUUCCAGCCUUAGUUUACUUUAGGCGGAAAAAUCCUGUUACAUAUGAUGGCGAUUUCAAGGAAUCGGAAGCAAUACUACGAUGGCUACGAUCUCAUGAUGAAGUAGUUACAUGGGUUCUUACUGAUGAUAACUUUGAAUAUUACACUGAUAGCUAUUCACCUGAUGAAGGUGCACUGGAUUGGUUUGUUAUGUUUUAUAAAUCAGAAGCACCGGAUUGUAAUGCAUUUGUUUCAUUAUGGGAAUCAGUGGCACAUAAAUUACGUGGUUUAGUCAAUGUCGGCAAGGUUGACAUGUCAAUCAAUGAUGAUGUGACAGAUCGUUUCCGUCUAGAUGAUGCUCAAUGUCCAGUAUUCUUGCUCUUUCAUCGAGGAAAAAUGUAUCGCUAUAAAGAUGCAGCCAAAAAUAUUCGUAGUUUGACAGAAUUUGCAAUGUACAAAUUCAAAGAUUUACGUGGUUAUCACGUACCUGAACCACCAACAGCACUUGAAAAUUUUUACGAGCACGUUAAGGAACGAAUUGCUGAUAUUUUGGAAGAUAGUCAAGCACUUACCGUAAUUGGUAUCGGUGGAUUAAUUGCAAUUGUUGCUGCAACAAUUUAUGCAAAUGCUAGGAGAAAACAACAAAUGAUAACUAUAACUGAUAAUAAUAAAUCAAAAACUAACUAA